GACAACCGGAUAGAAUGACUCUUUAAGAGAAUAUCUGGUCAUUACCGGCCUAAAAUACUGCUCGGCGAGUGCCUUUCCGAGCCGAGAAAUCGAGAGGAAGUGAUAUAUUUUCGAAUGAAGAUCAAAUAUGGCGGCUACAUCUGUGAACGUCAGUUUGGACGAUAUAGAUCUGUCAAGUUUACGGGAUCCAGCUGGAAUUUUUGACCUCAUUGAAGUGGUUGGAAAUGGCACCUAUGGACAGGUGUACAAGGGUCGACAUACCAAGACUGGACAAUUGGCUGCCAUCAAAGUGAUGAACGUUACAGAGGAUGAAGAAGAGGAAAUCAAGUUGGAAAUCAAUGUUUUGAAAAAGUUCUCAAAUCACAGGAAUAUUGCAACUUACUAUGGUGCUUUCAUUAAGAAGAGUCCUCCUGGGAAAGAUGACCAACUUUGGCUGGUCAUGGAGUUCUGUGGAGCAGGCUCAGUCACUGAUCUAGUCAAAGCCACGAAGGGAAACUCACUAAAGGAGGAAUGGAUAGCAUACAUAGCAAGAGAAAUCCUUCGGGGCCUCGCUCAUUUACAUGGAAAUAAAGUCAUACACAGAGACAUAAAGGGCCAGAAUGUUCUUCUGACAGACAAUGCCGAAGUUAAGCUUGUGGACUUUGGUGUCAGUGCUCAGCUUGAUAAGACAAUCGGUAGAAGAAACACAUUUAUUGGGACACCGUAUUGGAUGGCGCCCGAAGUUAUUGCCUGUGAUGAAAAUCCUGAUGCAACAUAUGACAACAGGAGUGACCUUUGGUCAUUAGGAAUCACAUCCAUUGAAUGUGCGGAGGGAAAACCACCCCUUUGUGAUAUGCACCCUAUGAGGGCCCUGUUCCUGAUACCACGCAACCAGCCUCCCCGAUUAAAGUCGUCUAAAUGGUCCUCUAGAUUUUCAAACUUUGUAGAGACUUGUCUAAUGAAAGAUUACACACAAAGACCCAACACAGAACAGCUGCUGAAGCACACCUUUAUCAAAGAUCAGCCAACAGAGCGACAGGUCCGCAUACAGCUCAAAGACCACAUUGACAGACACAAGAAGAACAAACGAUUGGAUGAUCACGACACAGAGUAUGAAUAUGAAGGAAGUGACAAUGAGGAGGAAGAGGAAAAUGCUAUGCCGGGUGAACCAAGUUCAAUACUACAGAUACCUGGAGAGUCAACAUUAAAGCGUAACUUUCAGCUCAUCCAACAACGAGAAGGCCGCCAGCCCAAUGCAGGACACGCACCUCAGCAACAAGCAAAGCAGCACAAGGACCAUCGCCAUGGUCAAGGUCAUCAUCAUCAAGGUCAUCAUCACCACGGUCAUCCCCAGCAACAGAAUCGUGGAGCCCCUCAUUCGGGCCAGCAUCGUCCUUCGUCUUCACAUCAGGCAUGGCCUGUAUCCAGUCACUUCCAGCCAAUCUCUGUUCAACAGCCUAAACAAAUCCCCAAACAGUCCCCAUAUAUAGAAGAGGAGGAUGAGGAUGAUGAUGAUGAUGAUGAUGAUGAUAACGAAGUAGUUCAGGAUAACAGACCGCCAAGUUCAAAACAUCCUCAUAUUCCCGGAGAUUCCAGAAAUCAAGGUGGUUUCAGAGGGCCUGUUCAGAAGCCAGAGGACCUUGAUGCUUUAGCAGCCCAGUUAAAUGAACUAGGUGGAGCAGAGGAGAGGCAUGCCCGAAAGAUGAUUGUGUUAGAUGAUGAGGAUGAUGAAGAAGAGGAAGAUGAAGAUAUCACUGUCAACAGAGAUGGUACAUUACUGGCGUCUGAGCCUGCAAGACCAAUGCCCACCGGUGGAUUUAAUGAAGACACACUGGAAACAUUACAGUCGAUGGUGAUUCAUGACGGGUGA